AUGGCGGCCAACUGGCUUCAACCAUUCGACAUACCGCUCGAUGUGUAUGCGCUAUCCAAGUCUUUUUCUUAGAGCAGUAGUUUGAUUUCUGACUUCAUUUUGACGUCACAUAAUGAGGAAGGCAUCGACGUGUCUUCCCCUUCCCCCAUCAUCUUCUUAGCUCAAUCCCAUGCGCACAGCCUCUACUUCCCUUUUCCACUUUUUACUUGGCCUAAGACGUUCAUGUCACAGCCUGUUUCGGUAACGACGACACCUAAAAAUCCAACAUUAAUCCUGACCUAUUAGAUUGUAGUGGACUGCCCUGCGGCAUAGAAGCCUAUCCUGCCAGUAAAAAUAUUAGUCAACAUGAGCGCUGUCAACUUUCUGACCAAGGAGAAGAUCUGGUUUGACAAAUAUCGAUACGAUGAGGCAGAAAGACGCUUCUUCGAGCGUGUGAUCAACUCCCCACAAACAACGCGGGCAGUAUGUGAUGCUGGAGCUAACGCGAUCCUUCAGGACAUCGCACGUGCCCGGGAGAACAUACAGAAGUCACUUGCAGGAAGCACUAGCAGCAGUAGCACAGCUGAUCAAGAAUUGGUUUCUCGAAUCAAGAGCCUGGAGCUGGAGAACAAGGGCUUAAAUAAAGGCUCAUUACUUUUUGACUGCCCUCAUACAUGCUGUGUGGAAAAACAUGAACAUUUUGUGAUUGAAGACUUGAGGGCAUCACUGUCCAAGCUGGAAUGUCGAGUUACAGCCUUGGAGAAAUCUCCUGCAGCUUUAGCACCAGCUCCCACUCCUUCAAUCCACAACACAAAUGGGACUACCAUCCAGCAGUCUGGCUGUUCUGCCGCAAAAGAGGUGGAGGAUGAUGAUGAUGUAGACUUGUUUGGUAGUGAUGAUGAUGAAGAGGCAGAGAAACUCAAAGAGCAAAGGUUGAAAGAGUAUGCAGAGAGAAAGGCCAAGAAGCCCACUGUCAUCGCUAAGUCCUCUAUUUUACUGGACGUCAAACCAUGGGAUGACGAGACUGACAUGGCAAAGCUGGAGGAGUGCGUGCGCUCAGUGCAAGCUGAUGGUCUGUUAUGGGGAAUGUCCAAACUGGUUCCAGUGGGUUAUGGCAUCAAGAAGCUCCAGAUCUCGUGUGUAGUGGAAGAUGAGAAGGUUGGAACAGACAUGUUGGAAGAGGAAAUCACCAAGUUUGAAGACUACGCCCCUGCAGAUGCGGAAGAGUCAAUGCUGUCACCCGAGGAACGGCAACAAUGAGACAAGAUGGUCACUGCUUCUAUUGUGGACGGGCGGGCAAUCACGUGACUCGCCGCCCGGCCAAACCAGCGGGUCCCGCACUCAGAGUAUCGACCACGGUGAGUCUGAACCACGCCUCGGUCUGUUCGGCUCGAACCCUACUUCGUGUGACAUUAACUUCAGGCGGACAGUUUCGCACGGCUACAGUGUUCAUCGAAUCCGGCUCAGACGCCAAACUCCUAAAUCCUCGGUUCAUUAGCAGUAUGGGCCGAGAGACCUUCAAAACACAACACCUCCAGAACGCAUAUGCGGCUAAUGGCACGUUUUUAUGCAAAAUAACCCACUGCACCCAGACGCUCAACAUGAAAUUUCCAGAUUCGCAUGCUCGAUUGAUUGCUAGGUUCGCAUGUGUUCGAUACCCAGAACAGUGAUAUUAUCCUGCUGAAGUCCAUGUUUAAGGUUGCAUAACCCCAAAUCGACUGGUUGACUGGUCGUCCGGACAAAUUAAGUCUUGGGGGCCGAAAUGCGACAUCAUUUGCCUCUCAUCCCAUAGGAGGGAGGGUGCGAAUGUCGCCUCUGACACUGCAUGGACCCUGCAGCAGGAGGCAGAUCUAACACUAGUGUCCCUCAGUUAUCUAGAUCUCAAAGAGGUGUUUUCCAAAGUUAAGGCCAAGUCUCUUCCGUUACACAGGCUGUAUGAUUGCACGAUAGACUUGUUACCUGGCACCUCAGCCCCUCGAGGGAGACUAUAUUCUCUUUCAGGUCCAGAACACCAGGCCAUGAGGGAAUAUGUGGAAGAGUCGCUGGCGGCGGGACUUAUCCGACCCUCGUCCUCACCGGCCGGAGCUGGCUUCUUCUUUGUGAAGAAAAAGGACAAGUCCCUAAGACCUAGUAUUGAUUACCAAGGACUGAACGGUACUGUAUUACUGUCAAAAACAGAUACCCUCUUCCCCUCAUUUCCACAGCCUUUGAGCUCCUGAAGGGUGCCAAAAUCUUUACUAAAAUGGAUUUGUGAUGCGCCUAUCACCUGGUGCGCAUAAGGGAGGGGAACGAGUGGAAGACCGCCUUCAACGCGCCCACUGGGCAUUACGAAUAUCUCACGCGCCAGCCGUUUUCCAGAACCUCGUCAGCGAUAUGCUUCCCUAAAUGCUCAACCGCCAUGUCUUUGUAUAUUUGGACGGCAUUCUGAUCUUCUCACCAGACGAAUCAACUCAUGUCAAGCACGUCCAAGCGGUUUUGCAACAGUUGCUCCAUCACCGAUUGUAUGUAGAAGCAGAUAGAUGCGAGUUACACCAAACAUCUGUGUUGUUUUUUUUGGGAUUCAUCCUGGCGGAGGGCAAGGUCCGCAUGGACCCCCACAAGGUGGAGACCAUCCUCCGCUGGCCGCUAACCCCCAGCUCACAUAAGGAGGUUCAGAGGUUUAUUGGAUUAACAAAUUUUUAUAGAAAAUUCAUCCAAAACUUUAGCGCGGUUGUGGCACCGUUGCACGCAUUCAUGGCGGCCCAUAGCACGUUCAGUUGGAACCCAAGUUGCCACGCUGCCUUCCGUAAACUUAAGCCCAUCUUUGAACCCGCUCCAAUUCUCAUUCUGCCGGAUCCUGAUCAGCCAUUCAUUGUCGAGGUGAAUGCGUCAAAUUCAUGAAUAGGGGCAGUUCUAUCAGAGAAGUCAGAACGAUGGCAGGAUACACCUCUGUGCCUUCCUAUCUAAAAAAAUUGACACCCACCAAAAGUAACUAUGGUAUUGGAGACCGGGAACUCUUAGCAGUUAAAACAGCAAUGACGGAAUGGAGACACUGGUUGGAGGGGUCCCAGCUUCCUUUCUUUGUUUUUACCAACCACAAAAAUCUUGAAUACUUGAAAUCCAUCGAAAGACUAAAUGCCAGGCAAGCCAGAUGCGCUCUCUUAUUCACGUGGUUUCACUUUGUGGUUUCCUUUCAGCCGGGAUCAAAGAACGGCAAAUCUGAUGCGCUGUCGUGGUUCCAUGAUAGCGAAAAAAUGGAAUCAGAACCGAUGACCAUCCUCCCCAAUGCGUGUUUUGUAUCGUCAUUUAGCUGGGAGAUAGAAACAGCGGUAUAGGAUGCACUUAGGGAUACUCAAACCCUGCGUGGAUGCCCUGAUGGCAGGCUAUUCGUCAUUUCCCCAUUACGGGCCAGCGUAAUAAGAUGGGCACACACCAACUGCACUGUAUGUCACCUGGGCAUAGCCGCUUUUGGUGGCCGAAUAGCAAGAAAGAUGUUAGAGAGUACAUUAAUGCCUGCCUAUUGUGCGCCACACACAAGCCCUCCCGACAGCAUCCCGCCGGGGAAUCACACCCACUAUCCAUUCCACGACGCCCGUCGUCGCACAUCUCAUUAGACUUUGUGACAGGACUACCGGUGUCUAGGGGUCACACCACAGUCCUCACGGUAGUAGACCAGUUUUCCAAGAUGGCUCACUAUCGCACUACCAAAACUUCCCUCUGCAAAGCAGACGGCCAAACUCAUGAUGACCAACGUGGUCAGACUACAUGGCCUCCCCUCUGACGUGGUAUCCGACACGGGCCUUCAAUUCGUCUCCCGAUUCUGGAAAGAAUUUUGCUCCCUUAUAGGGGCAACCGUGAGCCUUUCUUCAGCCCGUUAUCCGGAAUCCAAUGGCCAGACUGAACAGGUAAUACCAGGACCUUGAAAUUGGGGUCUGAUGCCUUUUCGCGACCCGAGUUCGUGGAGUCAACAGUUAAGUUUGGUCGAGUCUUUACAUAACUCCCUUCCCUCUGGUUCUACCAGGAUGUCAUGGAUGUGCCGGUCCUGUUAUAGCUGUGCCAGUGCCCGAUUCUGUGCGCACCUGCUCCAAUCAGCAACGGCGCCUCGUCUCUGUAAUUAUGUUUCACGUAUUUAUGGCCACAUGUGUGGUCUAAUCAUUGCCAGAUCAUUGAUCCCAUGUCAUGUUCCUGCAACUUCAUGUCUUUGCUCUUGCUAUCCCGUGUACCGAACUCCGCCUGGUUCUUGACCUUCCUCUUACGCCUGCCAAUUCUGCUACUGCUGCCCCCAUGGACUGCCUACUGUUUUGACCUUGGAUCGAAUAAAGACGCUUCCCAAACUGCGCCUAAGUCUCAUGAGUCGUGGAUUGGGGUUCAACCACGAAUUUUGGCCAUGGCAAAAAUGGUAGAAGGCAUAUUUAUUUCAGUUUCAUACAUUAUAGAUUCAUUAAAUAUCAAAGUGCAGGGUCGAAAAACUAUGUGAUUCUAUUAAUUAAACAAUAGGUUGAGCCUCCAAACGGGGGGAUGAUUCACAUCAGGUAAUAUUUAUAGAGGAUACCAAACUCAAAACUGUGUGUUUUAUAGAGCAGAGAAGCUUAAACCAGUUCCACUAAACUCUUCUCAAUGAAUGGAGCUUAAGGUUGGCUGACAAUUAUUUUUUUGAUGUCAUUAGCCCAAGGGUUCACAUUCUUAUUCCACCCUGCACUAUUACUGUUACAUACAGCCACUAGCACGAUAGAUUGCUGAGACCCAGUACGUUUUUUUGUUUUGCGUGCUUGCAAGCCGUAUCGAAUUCAAACUACAUGAUCAUACAGUAAACACCCUGCUGUAUUGCAAGUUCUCCCACUUAGAAAUCAUGAAGGGUUCUGAAAUUUUCAUCGUAGGUGGAUGAGACCAAAAUGGACCUUUUUGGUCAUAAUUCCACUAUCCGUGUUUGGAGGAAGACAAAUGUUGAGUUCCAUCCCAAGAACACCAUCCCUACUGUGAAGGAUGGGGGUGGUAGCAUCAUUCUUUGGGGGUGUUUUUCUGCACAUGGGACAGGACGACUGCACUGUAUUAAGGAGAGGAUGACUCCGGCCAUGUAUUGUGAGAUUUUGGGGAACAACUGCUUUUCCUUAGUCAGAGCAUUGAAGAUGGGUUGUGGCUGGGUCUUUCAACAUGACAAUGAGCUGAAGCACACAGCCAGGAAAACCAAGGAGUUGCUUCAUAAGAAGCAUAUCAAGGUUCUGGCGUGGCCUAGCCAUUCUCCAGAUCUAAACCCAGUAGAAAAUCUUUGGAUGGAGCUGAAACUCUGUGUUUCUCAGCGACAGCCCAGAAACCUGUCUGAUCUAGAUCAUCUGUGUGGAGUAGUGGGCCAAAAUCCUUCCUGCAGUGUGCGCAAACCUGGUGAACAACUCCAGAAAAUGUUUGACCUCUGUAAUUGCAAACAAAGGCUAUUGUACCAAAUAUUAACAUUGGUUUUUCUCAGGUGUUCAAAUAAUUAUUUGCAGCUGUACCACACAACUAAAUCGUUGAAAAAAAAAAAUCAUACAUUGUGAUUCCUGGAUUUUUCUUAUUCGAUUAUCUCUCACACAGUGGACAUGCACCUACGAUGAAAAUUUCAGACCCCUCCAUGAUUUCUAAGUGGAGGAACUUGCUAUAUAGCAGGGUGUUCAAAUACCUAUUUUCUUCACUGUAUUUCAUCCAUGUUAAAAACUUGGGUCCGCCAUCACUGAUGAGUUUAGGAAACCUUUUCUCCACGUAACGACGAGCAGCAGCAUACAGUGGCACGUUCCUGAGGCUGUAUCUUAUUUGACUUUUUUAACCAGCCUUUGCUGGCCAAAAAGCCUUGUCCUCGAGGGUGGCGAAUAACACUCCAACAAGGAGAAAAGUGUCCUGUCCAGAGCCCUGGAGGGCAUUCCAGUAGGUACCACAGUCCCCAUGCCAUUUGCUGCACAAAGUGGUUUAUUCCUCCCACUUGAUUCAAAAAAGGAUAAAAGUGCUCCCAAAUAGGACACCAUUCCUCCCGCUGGAUCCCUAAAAGGAUAAACCUGGAUGCGGAGUCACCACCUCUUUGGCGCUGGGGAGGAAGCUUUCAUGGGGCAAAACACUGAGCCGACUGUAACUACUGUACAUAAAAAAAAUGUUUCACUUAAAAACAUUAUCACAAGUAUAACACUUAGAUACAGUACAUAUGUGAGACAGUCAACAGCGUGGAUGAGACAACGAAGAAAACAAGUAAAUGGUUGGGACAAGGGAAGUUGCUGGGUUAGGCUUCGAUGAUGUGCAACAAAUCAGCUCGUGGGAUAAAGCCACUCGUGCUCUCAUUGGGCGAUGUAGCACUAAGAACCAACCACGCACCUGGUAUCAACGUGUCUUUCCACAAUAUGCCGAUCUAUUUCUUUUUUUUAUUAUUAAAAACCCACAAAGCAUUUAAGCUGCAUAAAGUGUUCCGCUAAGUAGCGAGCAAAUCCUGUAUGCUGCUGUGCUUGUGUGUGUCGUGACCUACGUAUUGCCCUGUGCAGCACCUUUGUGUUACUUGCCGUGCACAUCUAAGAAAAAAAUCUGUGCGGAUACAGACAUGGAGAUCAUCUCAUGAUGUGAUGACAUACUGUUAUCCCCUGGAUCACAUACCACCUCCGCCUUCUUAAUCGAUUUUGCAGAAUAAAAAAAAUUAUCUUGUCAGUUAGGUCAAUCUGUUUAGGAGACACUGUUUCACGGUCGCCAUUAUUCCUUUGUUCCUUGUUACGGAAAGGAAAGUAAAAAAAAUUGCUACUGGAAAUGACUAAAAAGUGCUGAGGAAACUUCACCCUGUGGCAUCCUAGCAGCCGUAGCCACACUGCUAACUUGAAGAACUGCGCAUGUGGGAUACACUCAAGUUUAAAGGGAAACUACGCACUGAAUAGCCGCAGUGAAUUCAGCGCUGUCUCCACCGUCGCGAGUAUGAAAAGGCCUUUAGUUCUCAAGACAUUGAGUUGAAUCUUUUCUGCAAACAAUAUGGGUGAAUGUUUUUUUUCCAAGGAUUUUAAAUAGAAUUUACAAAAUAGAAUUGACAACAUCCACUCUCAUCUCCCACGAAGUAUUCAUUUUAUUCACUUUCUACCAAAUUAAUCCAAGUGUUUUGUGCUUGCUCUUGCUG